GAAGAGUGCCAAGAGAAGGGGUCGCAUUCUCCAUUGAAGCUUUCGCUGUGAUUAUAAACCAUGGGAGACUGGAGCUUCUUGGGGAAUAUUUUGGAGGAGGUGAAUGAACACUCUACUGUGAUUGGUAGAGUCUGGCUCACGGUCCUGUUUAUUUUUCGGAUCCUUAUCCUAGGAACAGCCGCAGAGUUUGUAUGGGGUGAUGAACAGUCCGAUUUUGUGUGCAACACCCAGCAGCCAGGUUGUGAAAAUGUCUGCUAUGAUGAAGCUUUUCCUCUCUCCCACAUUAGGCUGUGGGUCUUGCAGAUCAUCUUUGUCUCCACGCCAUCGCUGGUGUAUGUGGGGCAUGCGGUCCACCACGUUCGGAUGGUGGAGAAAAGAAAGGAGAGAGAAGAAGCAGAAAUGAGCAGGCAGCAGGAGAUGAAUGAAGAACGGUUGCCUCUUGCUCCUGAUCAAGGAAGUAUCAGGACCACCAAAGAAACUAGCACCAAGGGAACAAAGAAGUUUCGCUUGGAAGGAACACUCUUGAGAACCUACAUUUGUCACAUCAUCUUCAAAACACUUUUUGAAGUGGGGUUUGUCGUGGGCCACUAUUUUCUGUAUGGUUUCAGGAUUCUUCCCCUGUACCGUUGCAGCCGGUGGCCUUGCCCUAAUAUUGUGGACUGUUUUGUUUCUAGACCUACUGAGAAAACUGUGUUUAUCUUGUUCAUGUUAGCAGUGGCUGCUGUGUCACUUUUCCUAAAUGUAGUAGAGAUCAGCCAUUUGGGGUGGAAGAAGAUUCGUCUUGCUUUCCACAGGAAUGCUGAUCACCAGCCACACCAGCUCCUGGGUGAAGUGACUGAGAAACCUUUGCAUUCCAUUGCCAUCUCCUCCCUCCCAAAGUCCAAGGGUUACAAGCUAUUGGAGGAAGAAAAGGUUGUUUCCCAUUUCUAUCCAAUGACUGAAGUUGGAUUGGAGGCGAGCCCACUUCCUACUCAUUUUAAUGGGUAUGAUAAAAGCAGCACAGGCCUUCUAGAAGACAUCUCCAAGGCAUAUGAUGAAACCCUGCCAUCCUAUCGUCAAGCUGAAGAGCAAGAGGCAGUGAAAGUGCAGGUGGCUGAGACCCUAGAACAGGCAACCUCUGAGCGUACCCCUUCAGUGAGAGCCCCUUCGGUGCGUGCACCCUCUGACCGUGCCCCCUCUGAAAGAGCAGUGUCUCGUGCUGUUUCUGAGUAUGCAGUUUCAGAAAGAGCUCCCUCUGAGCGUGCACCAUCAGUCCGAAUACCUUCAAACAAUGCGCUCUCUGAAAGAGCACCAUCUGAGAGAGCUCCUUCCCGUGCUGCCUCUGAUCAUGCCCCAUCUGAGCGUGCACCAUCUGAGCGAGCUCCCUCCCGUUCUGCCUCUGAGCAUGCUCCUUCUGAGUGUGUACCCUCUGAGCGAUCUCCCUCCCGUGCACCCUCAGACCAUAUCCCUAUUGAGGGUGCACCCUCUGAGAGAUCUCCUUCACAAGCACCCUCUGAUUAUACCCCUAUUGAGCGUGCACCAUCUGAACGUGCAGUUUCACGUGCUGCCUCAGAACAUGCACCUUCUGAGCGUGCACCUUCUGAGCGUGCACCUUCAAGGGCAUCCUCCGAGCAAGCAGCACCUGAGCCAAUACCUCCACAAGCAUCACCUUUACCUGAGCUCUUAGACAGCCCACCUUAUUUGAAAUCAGAACCAGCAUUAUCAGAUCUUACACCAUCUCAAUUUAUCCCUACUGAGUAUAUUCCCUUACCACCAGCACCCUGUCAGGCAUUUAAUGAGUGCUCGCCCUCUCAAGCUGCAGUUGAACAAAUCCCAUAUGAUCGUGCUCCAUCUAGGGCUUUCUCAGACCACACUGGCUCGGAACAUGGAUUUCCAGAGCCUGGAGUUUGUGAGCCAGAUCUUCCAGGCCCUGAGGUGCCAUUGCUAUGUGUCGAAUUAAUCCCAGAUUCUAGAUCUCUGAGCAGAUUAAGCAAAGCAAGCAGCAGAGCCCGUUCAGAUGACUUAACAGUAUGAAUUGAAAGAACAUCUAGAAAAAAAUAAAACCAAAUAUAACCAUUUUGGAUAUUAAGCUGACGAGAGUUCUCUGCAGGUAAAAAGUACAGGCUGUCCUUCAGCUCCCCUGUACUUGGGUAAAAUGUACAGAUAAACUUUAGUGUUCCAUUUUUACAGUAAGGUUAGAUUUGUCAUUUGUAGAAAAUGAAAGGAGCUGUAGUAAUUACAUGUCCAUUUUCCGGUGUAAAAUCUUUUAAAAAUAAGGGGGCUAAUGUGCAACAUUUUAUUGGUCAAUGUUUUUUAGGCAGUGAGCUAUAGCACAGUGUCACAAUCGACUCCAAAAUCGACUCCAAAAUAGUCAAGCUCUAAAAAUGAUCCCUCUAUUAUUUGAUCUAAAUAUGAAAACAGGGUAAUUAUGAUCCCUAGAAUUUUAUAGAAUAUAUAGAUAUUCUGGAUAUAUUCAGCAAUCUUAGA